UGCGCGCAAAGAGCGAAGCUGUAAAAUCACAACAAACCUUAAUACGUUUCCUCUGUUUUGAAACUUUUAGUACGAUUUUUGUCGUCACCGGGUUUAUCACGCGCAAUCCGAGAGCUCCACGCGCCGUCGUUGAUCGUUCGUUCGUGCGUUCGUUCGCUUUUUCGUGAAUUGUCUCGCGAUAUCGUCUAGUGGAUCAAUCUCAUUGUGAUACAGUGUAUAGAUUGGGCUGCUCUGGGUUAUUGGUAUUUCAUAUGCUUAGUAGUGUUUUAGAGAAAAAGUGUUUUAAUCAGUCUACAGUUUGUGUCAUACAGUGACGCCGUUAAUGUGAAUAAAAGAUCAACGUAACUUGAAUGAACAAACGGAAAUACAACAGUGUCGGUUUCGUUGUAUUUUCAACCCAAACUUUAAAACCAGUGCCUUUGAUGGUUUGAGCGAUAGAAAGCGAAAUUUUUACACCUUCCAUCCUUUCUCAUCGUCAGUGAUCAAUCAUGGCGAAAACGAUUCAUCACAUGAUGGGUCUUAUAGGGAUACUGACACUAGCUGUGACACGAAUCGAAGGGAUACGAGUGUACUGGAACACAAAUACAGGCCCCAUACAACCGCCUACCACUACACCCGAACCAGUGCCUAAACCACCAUUCAGAGCACCUGCGCCAGUGUGGGAGGACCAAUCAGCUGAUGUACCAAAUCCGAAUCCUUACAUAUACAUCCUUCCACCACCAUCGCGGCCCAAGUACAAUGACAUUACUCAGGAGCAACUAAAACAAAACCGAGAUGUCAUCAGUGCCUCAGCGGUUAAAAUCAUACCCGCCUCCAGCUCUACUCUCUCACCGAUUGGCCAGAUCAUCGACAAACCAGAGCAAAAUGCUCCACCCGUACAGCAAGCACCGGUAUCGAACGGCAGCCAGCCGCAGAACCGGAGUUAUUUGGCUACAUCAACAACAACUGCUCGACCUGCCGGCACCACCUCGGCACCAACGCUUCCGCUGCGAGUUCCUAGUUUAGCUGUUCAGUAUGUGCCCAACCAGGGCUUUAAGUACUACGCCGUUGUGCCAGGUCACAACGAGGAACCGAGCGGCAAGAGUGCAUACCUUAAAUCGAACGAUGCUCUGCUGGGCAAGUACGAUCGGUUUGACAAACCGAACGGAAGGUACAAUGCAAAGCUGAAGAAACACAAGGCUUUCGAGAAGGUGAAAUAUGCACCGUACUAUGUGCUAUUUGAUGCACAAAAACAACAGUACGUAUUGACGAGCGUCGGCCAGAAGACAGGUAACAAUCAGCUGUAAAGGAGCAGCAAAUCGUGCACAGCAAAGGAGCAUUCAGCAAACACCGGAAAGAUUGUUUGAGGCCCGUUUGUUACAUAAAAAACUGACUGAAGAAAACUUUAAAGCAGCAUUUCAACUGGGUGAAUCCAGUAUCCAGACAACACUACUGAGCCAUUAAUUUUCAUAGUAUUCUUAAAAUGCACCUUUUUGGAAAAAAAGAAUUUAUUGACGCUAGCUCUCUAUUCUCGAUGUGAGAAAAGGGAACUAGAUUUUUUCAAUUAUUUUCAGUUCUAAAAAUUUAUCGCAUGGCGAAACAUAAAGUUACUGAACAAUUUAAAUUGUGAAAAAAAUACAGAAAAAAUGUAAAUAAAACUAAUCAUAGGUAUGAA